AUGGCCGCCUCAUCGAGAUCAGCAACCGUAGGCGAAUUGCGUCGAAUGUUUUCCAACUUAGAUUCAGCUGUAAUCGAAACUGUGUUAGCAGCUAAUAAUGGCCAAGUUGACGUUACAAUUGAUCAUUUACUUACAAUGUCAAUUGAUACUGAAAAUGAAAAUAAUGUUCAACAAGUGACACCAACAACACUACUUCAACAGUUACCAGCUGUUCUUAAUGUAUACGAUGAUGAUCCACCACCUUAUCCUGGUCAUGAUACAAAAGGUAGUAAUUGUGCAUCAUCAACAACAACCACCAUACCUUUUCUUCCACAACGUUUCUCAUCAAAUUAUCCGUCAUCAAUAAAUCAAAGUCAAUUAAAGAAUAUACAUUUUGAAGAAGAUGCAUAUUGUCUACAAGAUCUUCAAGUACGAAGAUGGAAAACAGCUUAUGAUCAAUAUCGUAUUUGUUAUAUUGGGGAUUUACCAGACGAUUUUCUUCGAGUAAAAUUAACAUCCAAAUUUGAACCAACAAACCAAUCGAAGAAAAAUAUGCAUGGACAACAUGAUAACGCAGCACGAUAUAUUGAAGAUGAACAUUUAGAAGAAUUUCUUCGAAAUGAAGAAUUUUUAAAUGAACUUCGACGUAAUCAAGAUUUUAUAACAACUCUAAAUUCAGAUCAAUCUACUCGAUCAACAGCAUCGAAUCAACAAAAUCGAUCAUUUAAUUAUUUAAGUACAAAACCAUUACCAAUGCCAACACCACCAACCGUUGAAACCCCUAAAACGCCAAAAGUUCGCGCAAGAAUGCUCCAAAAUGCUCUUACACAAAUUGAACAAGGACAAACAAUAAAAACCUCGAUGGUUCCACAAGAAUCUAUCACUCAAAACGAAAGUUAUUCUUACGGAAAAGAUAAUCAUGACCGAAUUCCACUUCCACCUGCACCAUCUGCCAGCGAAUUCGAUCCGUUACGGCCGGAAAGUAAUGAAGAAUUUAUUGCUCGCUUAAAAAAUAUGGGAAAAAAUUCAAUGGACAAAUUCAAUCAGUUAGCGCGUCGAUUUUCUACACGUAAAAAUACAACAAUAAAUCCUGGCAAAUACUCGAAACAACCAUUAAUGGCAAACACAUCAGAACGACAAAUAUUAACAAAUGAAUUCGAUAGUGAUGAUGAUCCUAUUACAUUGAACAACAACAACCCCAAUCGAUAUCUCACUUCCGUCUAA